AUGUCUUUACAGGAACGAUUCUUGGCGAGCUCCGAAUUAACAGCCGAUGAGCAAUACCUUGUGAUCGACUAUUUCGAUAUGGCUCUUCCAAAUAUAAUAGAGAAAAACAGUGAGCGGAUCGUUGACGUCGAAGUGCUACAGACAGGAUCCGUUAAUAGGCACAGAUUUUCAGAAGAAAAGGCUGAGGUUGAAAUGUGGGAGAUUGUGACCGCAGAAGAGGAAGGCAUCCUGAGAAAAUAA